UGGUUCUGCAGCGGGGUUCGGGUUGUCGGUUUGCAGGCCGGGGUUUCUGCCGGAGUGCCGCCGAGUGAGCAGCAGACGGUCCGCGGACCCAGAGCAGGUACCGUCCGAUGAUUGAACUGGACCAAUGUGUUUGGCUGCUUUAUCUGAGAGCAGCUAACAGCCGCUAACCCACUGAGUUCCAUUAUCGGACUGGGGGUCAGAACCGAACCCAGAACAGUUCUUUCCCGGCCGGAUCAGAACUUUUAAUAAUCGGAACUGAAAAGGCUUUAAACUUUCCUUUAGGCCGCUCUGAUCCAGGAUAACCUGGGUUUAACACGAGGUUCGGUUCCGUUAAAUGGCUGUGUUGUUUUCUGCUGUUCGUUUGAACGAACCGAACCAGAACGUCCCGGUUUAAACCCAACAACUACAGGAACCCUCCAGUAGAACUUCGUUGAACACCUGGAGCCGGGUCAGAACCGGCAGGUUCUGUUUGGUUCGGCUUUCAGACUGUUGAGUUACAGCAGCUCCGCUGAAGCCAGGUGACGUCACAGUUUCCUACAGGUGAGAUACAGCAGGUGAUGUGAGGCGAUGCUCGCUCGCCCACCAUGCCCAGUGUCACGCUGCGGUACUUCUGCUAUGGCUGCCUCGUUACCUCGGCAACAUGGUCCGUCCUCCUCUACCUCUACUUCUUCCUGGGGGCGGAGCCUAGCAGGAACCCCGCGCCGCACCGCGGCCGGCCGAUCGCAGCCGGGUCUGACCACAAGGGGGCGGAGCUGUCCCCGGAGAUGGGGAUGAUCUUUAACGAGGCGGACCAGGAGGUCCGAGACGCCGGCUACCAACGCCACGCCUUCAACGUCCUGAUCUCCAACCGGCUGGGCUUCCACCGUCCGCUGCCCGACACCCGUGACCCGCGGUGCCGUCAGAAGGCGUACCCGGCGGGGCUGCCGGCCGCCAGCGUAGUGAUCUGCUUCUUCAACGAGGCGCCGUCCGCUCUGCUCAGAACCGUCCACAGCGUUCUGGACCGAAGCCCCGCCCACCUGCUGCACGAGGUCAUCCUGGUGGACGACCACAGCGAGCUGGAGGAGCUGAAGGACGAGCUGGACCGCUACCUGAGGACGGAGCUGCAGGACAAGGUCCGAUUGGUCCGGAACCGGCAGAGGGAGGGGCUGAUCCGGGGACGCAUGAUUGGAGCUGCCCACGCCACAGGUGAGGUUCUGGUGUUCCUGGACAGCCACUGCGAGGUGAACGAGGCGUGGCUGCAGCCGCUGCUGGCGCCGGUGCAGGCGGACCGCCGCACCGUGGUCUGCCCUGUCAUCGACAUCGUCUCGGCCGACACGCUGGCGUACUUCGCCUCCCCCAUCGUCCGCGGCGGCUUCAACUGGGGGCUGCACUUCAAGUGGGACCCGGUGCCGCCGGCCGAGCUCGGCGGGCCCGACGGCGCCGCCGGACCCUUCAGGUCUCCCACCAUGGCGGGGGGAUUGUUCGCCAUGGACAGGAAGUACUUCUUCGAGCUGGGCCAGUACGACGGCGGCAUGGACAUCUGGGGAGGAGAGAACCUGGAGAUCUCCUUCAGGAUCUGGAUGUGCGGCGGCCAGCUGCUCAUCGUCCCGUGCUCCAGGGUGGGACACAUCUUCAGGAAGAGGCGGCCCUACGGCUCACCUGGAGGACAGGACACCAUGGCCCACAAUUCCUUGCGGCUGGCGCACGUCUGGAUGGAUGAGUUCAAGGAGCAGUACCUGUCGCUGCGUCCCGAGCUGCGUAACCGUGGUUACGGUGACAUCAGCGAGCGCGUAGCGUUGAGGAAGCGGCUGCAGUGCCGCUCGUUCCGCUGGUACCUGGACGCCGUCUACCCCGAGAUGCGGGCCGUCACCAACGGCAACAAGCAGCCGCCUCCGUUCGUCAACAAAGGCCUGAGGCGGCCCAAGGUCCUGCAGCGUGGCCGGCUGCGUAACCUAGCAACCGGACGCUGCCUGGUGGCACAGGGACGGGUCAGCCAGAAGGGCGGCGCCGUCGUCCUGAGGCCGUGUAACCACGGAGACCCGGAGCAGGACUGGUCGUACGACGAGGAUGGGCAGCUGGUUCUGGGCGGCCUGCUGUGCCUGGACGUGUCAGAGGUCAGGACCUCUGACCCCCCGCGGCUCAUGAAGUGCCACGGCUCGGGGGGGUCGCAGCAGUGGAGCCUGGGGAAGGCCAACCGGCUCUACCAGGUCUCUGUGGGUCAGUGUCUCGCCGUUUCCCAUCCAGCUGGACCAAAGGGCUACGUUGCCAUGGCAAUCUGCGACGGCGCCGAGGCGCAGCAGUGGCAGCUGGAGGGCUGACGGACCAGUGGGACCGGGUUCUGGUUCCGGUUCUGGUUUUUAUCUGUAGUUUUUACUGAAGGAACGUUCUGAUCUUUGCUGCUUUUAAUCUCUAAUAAAAUGUUCUGAACGUCUC